AUGGGCCUACCAUACUGGGCCCUUCGACACUUCAGUGACUCUGUGGAAGCAACAACAUUCGAAGAAGAGUAUCGUGAAUACUGCUUGCCAGUUCUAGAUCCUCAGAUCAUCACUUGCACGGAAGAGCCUUUCAAUCAGACCUCCUUCGAGACCGGGAGCAAUCUCGUGCGCUAUGAACCCUUGUAUCAGCUUGAGGCUGCUGAUGAAGAUGCGCCUCCCAUCACGCUGUACAAAAUCAUCCUCGACUAUCCGAACGACGACCCGUACGCCAUCAAGUUCCGCACCAACGAUGAAGGAGCAGGCACGAUGGUCUUGAAAAUGCACCCCGACCCCGAACUCUACAACACCUCCGUCAUUGCCGCUUCAGAUGAUGGUCCCGACGGCUACGCUUCACGCCUCCAUAGACUGCUGUACGGCACUGAGCCCGACAAGUCUGGUGUUCCGCAGGGCUCCGACUACUACUUUGUCGCAAAGUGCGAGUUUGCUUCCAUAAAGUACCAGGACGACAUCUACUCGUCGUGGAGGCAAGUUGGGUUCACGCUGAAGAAUGGCGUCUUGCGGGCCAACGUUACCGACGAACGCUGUGCGAAUGCACGGAUGCCGACGCCGCAGAGUUCGCCUGUGUCUGGAUUUGCAGACCUCUAUUUCACGCUUGAGGGCGCCGGCGCUGUUCUCGGCUCUUCAGACGGCUACAGCAAGCUGUUCAAUCUUCGAGAUGAUGCAGGACAAGGAAGCAAUAUCUUCAGUGGCAUGUCCCGUCUCGACUCCAUAGUGAACCAGGUCUACCAUAUUGUGCAUACCAGCUGGUCGGAAAGCAUUAACAAAUAUGCCAUGAAGAACCAGACCAUCUAUGACCAGCCCGUCAUCAUGACCGAGUACCCACACCUGUACGUGAUUCGCAUCGACUGGACACCAACGACUUACAUCGGCCUCGUCCUCUCCAUACUCAUCACUGCGAAUGCGUCCGUUCUUGCAGCGCGCUGGUUGCUGGCCACUUGGCGAUUCGGCUUUGAUGCUGAGACUUGGAAUCUGCUGACGCCGGUCGAUCUGAUGGCGUACUCUUUGGCUGCGUACCAAGACCUCAUUCACCACCUGAACACGGUUGAACAUCGACGGAUGGCCAUGAGGGGUGCGACGAGGACGGUUCUGAAGGAACGGCCACUUUGGGAGGGGACGGAGAGUCUGAUCGGUCUCGUCAGCAACAGCGCCUUGCACCGAUUCGAUACUUCGACUGCAGCAAAUCCGACCAGCCCGACGAGUCAAAUGACCGGGAAAGUCGACUACCCAGCCAUCACGGAGACGGCUGCGAGCAGUCCUAUCAGCCCAACCAGUCCGACUGGCAGAGGAUCAAGACUGCCAAUGGACCCAGAGAAAGGCGACGUUGACAAGUGA